AUGAGCUCUCGUCAGACCAAGAAGAAAGAAGGUGGUAGUAAGCCUGCACAGAGGGCCUUGUCCAGCAUGUUUGAACAGACCCAAAUCCAGGAGUUCAAAGAAGCUUUUACACUUAUUGAUCAAAAGAGAGAUGACUAUAUUGACAAGAAAGAUCUAAAAGACAUCUGUGCAUUGUUUGAUAAGUUGAACAUUAAAGAUAGAGCUUGAAGACAUGUUGAAGGAGGUGAGCAGGUCAUCAUGUUUCUUAACCUGUUCGGAAAGAAACUACAUGGUACAGACCCUGAAGAUACCAUUCUGUUUGACCGUAAGGGAAAAAGCUUCAUACAUAAAAAGGAGUCUAAUAAAUUAAUUUCAUACAGAUGUUUCAAUUACAUUGACAAAGCUGGAAAUCUCGACUACAAAUCUCUCUUCUACAUCAUCACGCAUGGAGAGAAACAAGAAGAAUGA